UAUCAGUCUUAUCCCACGCACUGUUGAAGUAAGUGGUCUACCGGAGACAACGGAAGACCAGUCAUGAAAAUUUGCAUUGUGUGAACACUCAGUCCGACUGAAAGAUAUCUUUACACAUACUUUAUUAUAAAAUGAACUUCACGCGCUUAAAACUACUAUCAUCUUCACGAUAUUUUAGUCAAUAACAAUUAUUUCAUAGCAGUGUUUUACGUAAAAAAUUGAUACCCUUUUAUUUGAUAAGUUUUGAAUGAACUCAUGUAUCAAUGGUAUUCCUAAUGAUCCCUUACAUCAUUUAAUAAAAAGUGAUGGUUUCUGUUUAUUAAUAUUUCUUCAAAUUCGAUUAUUUAUUCGGUAAUUCGUGUGAAAAAGGGCUGUUACGAAGUAUGACUGCUACCAGUUAAAUUAUUUAAAAGUGUAUCCAAUAUUCAAUAUGCAGCGGGUACUUAGCUUUCAAAUGGCUCGUGGGCUUAGCGAGUCCAGCGAGUUUGUGACAAAACGUAUGUGUUUUUCGUUGAUAUUAUCAAUUGGAUUUCUUGCUUUCUUGGGUGGAUAUUUACUUGGCCGUUUUGCCAUGCAAAGAGCUAUAGAAAUUCGUGCGGAAAAAAAGCGCCUUGAAUUAGCGGGAAACGGACUAGAAAAUACGGAGUAUCUCCAACGUUUCAUGCUCGAGCAACUAGAAAGGGCGCCUCUUGAUCCUGAUUUUGAAAUGAAAUGGGAUUCCUUCAAUUUAAAGGAAAAUGAUAUACAUCAAGUGAAUAAUAUUCUAUCGAAUUUAUCGCUUAUUGAAAAGGUCGUCAAAUAUCAAUCGUACAUCGUGGCAACCGCUAGAGGAGCCAGAGAGCCUGAUAGGUACGUAGUUUUAUCUGCUGGCGGCGAAGGUGUCGGGAUCGCUUUAGAAUUGGCAAAAAUUUUCAAUCAAAUUCAAGAGGAAUACACGUGGAAACUUCGUAGAUCUAUUAUUUUUUGUUUAUUCUCCGCAUCUUCAAAUCCUUGUCCAGAAAUGUUGUCUAGCUUUCUGCCUCACAAGAUUGUGGCUUAUAUUGUAGUAGACCAUCAAGCUUUACAAGGUAAAGGCCACUUUAUUGUAUCUGGAUCAGAUAUUGUACAGUUUAUGGUUCUAGAAUCUGCUAGCAUUGUAAAAGACUGGUUUUCUUAUGACAAUCAGUUAUUGUCCUCAAACAACACAUUUUACAAUGUUACAACUUCCCGGCUAGCUUUGGACAUACCUCAUGCAGUACUCUCUUAUAUGAAUAAUAAUAUCACAUGCAAUGAAAAUCAUCAUGAGAGGGAAUUACGUAAAAUAAUUUUAGCACAAAUAGUUGGUCAAACUAUUUGGAAGUUCUCUGAAUCUUUAAUAAUAAAAUGGAACCCUAGUUAUUUUAAUAACACUACCCUUGAUGUAUUAAAAUCUAUAAACAAUACUGAAUUGUUGGAUGUUAAAGAGAAAGUACAGCAAACCUUGGAUAAAUUGUUAACUAGUAUUAAAAUUUGUAAUAAAAAAAUUGAUACAGUUGACAAUAUCAACACACUUGACACAAGGAUAUUAAAUGAUUUACUGAUGGAUUUGGAUAGGAUUCUUCUAUGUCCUGAUAAGCAAAAUCAAUCCAGAACUGAUUGGUCAAAAUUUUUUAGAUUGAGUCAUGAGCCUUCAAACAAAAUCAUAAUGUACAUGAACGAAGUGGUAAAGUGUUAUGAAAAUGCUAUACAACUUUUACAAGAUCGAUAGAAAAAAUAUAAAAGUACAAAACGUUAAAUAUGGAA